CAGGAGAAUAUCACCUCUCCUUCCAAAAAAAGGGAAAAAAUGAAUCAAAUGAUAAUAAUCAUCAUCCUAGGAAGAAGGACAAAAUGAUAAAUCCUCAAGUUAGAAGAGAGGAAGGAAGGUUGCCUCCCUUUUUCAAAUCCUUUCCCCCCUGUUUUUGAAAAUGUUUACCUCCUUGCUUUUCUUUUGCAAAACUGGAGAGGAGGGGGAGAGUCUUCUCUCUUCCUUUCUUGAAAUAAUCCUAUUUUGUUGUAUUUUCUGUGCAAAUAUAGGGCCUCGUUGCUUUGCAAAAGCAAAAGGGGUGUUUGCUUUUUUGAGAUUCUCUCACCCUGUCCCUUCUUCUUUUUCUUUAGGUUGCAAUGGGUUUAUAUUUGCUGUUCCUUCGUCCUUAGGCACAGCAAGCCCUCCGAGGACAAGCCUUCCGCUUCUGCUUCUGCUUCCUCCUCCUGAUGAUGAUGAUGUCCUGAAACGUACAAACGGAAACGGUAAUUCGUCGACUUCCUACCAGCCCCAGAAAGGAGGGGGAAGGAAAGGCAUCAUUGCAGAGAGAGAGACACACACAGCCCUGGGUUGCGUGCCUUGCGCUGGCUUUUUGCAACUGCCACCAAGCAACUCCCUUUUGCACUGAGUGAGAAAAAAGUGUUUGAAAUCAAAGCUGCCCAUAUGGAUCCAUAAGGAGAUAGCAAACAAAUUGGACCUGGAGCCUGGGAGACCAAAUCCUUGCCUAGGAGAGGCCUUUUUUUUACAACAAGGAGUACAGUAUAAACCCCUGGAUUGACCUUGGGGUUUCAACUAUUUUUCUUUGACCAGCACCAAAGGAUCCAGCAUACAGGGGUUCAGAUUGCAUAUAGGGCAGGAGAACAUCCUCAUUCCCUUGCUUUAUUGGAAAGGAGACUAAUGCCGCAAAGGUAGCUUCACCUGGGUUGUACCUACCAGCAGUAACUCUUCAGUAGCCAGGAGAAAAGCAAGGAGGGAGAAACAAGGAGCCAGCAUUGCCAGCCAUGUGUGCGGUUUGGCUGCAGGUCGGACAAUGCGGCAAUCAGAUUGGACAGGAAUGGUGGCAAAUCAUUACCAGUGCAAAUAAAAAAGAAAUUGACAUGUACCCGUUCUACUCCCUUGAUGGCAAGCUGAGUGCUAUCUGCGUGGACAGUGAGCCCAAAGUUGUCAGGAGGUUGCAGAAGCAGAUCAAAAGAAAAGUGUUCAGAGAGUCUAAUCUCAUCGUGGGGAAGGCAGGAAGAGGCAACAACUGGGCUUAUGGUUAUCAUGGCGCCCGUCGUAAGAAUGAGCAGGACUUGUUUGAUCAGACGAUGGAGGCCCUGCGAAAGGAGGUGGAGCGCAAGGACUGCUACUGCGGGACAGUGAUAUUCCACAGCCUGAGUGGGGGUACAGGAGCUGGCCUGAGUUCCCGGUUGUGUGAAGCCAUCAGGGAGCAAUAUCCACUCGGUCGGAUCCUGUCAGUUUCGGUGGCCCCGCACCAAAGUGGGGAAAGUUCUCUUCAGCACUACAACUCCUUACUGUGCCUUUCUUGGCUGCAGAGGUAUGCAGAUGGCAUCCUUCUGUUCCAUAAUGAUGAGGUGUUGAAGCGGGUGGCAGCCCUACAGGGGAAGGAAAUGGCUGAAGCUUCGUGUCAGGUCUCCUUCACAACCAUGAACACUUACAUCACUUCCUGCCUGGCUGGGCUUCUCCAUCCACUCAAAGUUUUCACGACACAAAGUGGUAUCAGCAUGGGUAUGGAGCCCUGGGAGCUGCUGCAAUCUGUCUGCCCCAUGCCAGGCCUCAAAUACCUACAUACAGCUCAAAGCAGCACAAGGGGAACAGUGUUUUGGGACAGACUAGCAUCUUCGGUGGCACACCCCUUGCCUCGCAAGUCUCCUGGUGGAAACCCUCAUUGCAGCCUUGCUCUGCUGGCUGUGGCCCGGGGUCCCCAGGAAGACAGCUUUCUCCUGAAUCACGCUUUGGUGCUAAGGAAGCUCAAGCAGGCCUACCGCUGUGUCUCGUGGAACCCGUUCCCUGCCACGUACUGGACAGACCCUUUGUCCAGCUUUGCACCUCCAGACCACCACAGUCACACACUGACCGUCUGUGCCAACCACAGCAGCUCGGCUGACUUUCUCCAGAGGGUGGAGCAGCGGGCAAAGGCAAUGUACAAGAAGGGUGCCUUCCUGCACUGGUACCAGAGGCAUGGCUGUGAAGGAGAGGAGUUUGGGGAGGCUUUUGAAACAGUCGGUUCGGUUGUGGAGGAAUACAGUCACCUUGGUGACUGAUACUGUUGGCUUUGCUGCAACCAGUACAGGAACAGGUUGUGACACUUGGAAGGACACAUCACCACAAAGAUCCUAUCAUUGCUGUUGCCACACCUGGGCUAAACAGUGUGGCUUGGCUUCAGCUGUGCUUGUACCACUCAGGACAGUCUGUCUUCCUUGUAUGGAUACUUCUCGAAUGAUUCUCAGGCAGGAAUGUGCUUAGAAAGUGUGAAAGCAAAAUUGGUCACCUACCUAAAACUUUUCAGGGAAGGUCUUGGCAACAGGAGUGCCUUGAAAUCUCAUGUCCUGUUGGUGUACCUCCACCAAAAGAGAGGCAUAUGCCUCUUCAGGAAUGGAAGAAAAAUCCUCUGCCAUGAUUGUGAUAGCCUCCAUCCCCAAGAGAAAGAAGUAGCCCAAAAACCAUUAUCUCCCCACAUUGGUUUUUCCACAGAAGGGAAAGAUUAUGAAGAAAUUUGCUCUGUGUUGGGGAUCCCUAUUGAGAAUGCCCCUUUCUCCCAUCUUCCUUUGCAAGCAUGCUGGGCAUUGGGCCUCAUCCCCUUUUUAAAACAAAACCAAACGUGGUCAGAUCCCUCCUGGGUCUUUAAAGGUGCUAUUUGGGACCCAAAUUCUGGAAUAGUAUUAAAUGGGCGUAGGGGGUCAUACUCCCUGGAGGUUUAUUGGGGAGAGGGGGGACACAGUUGUCCAGAUUAGAAGAAGAACGGACCAGCAUCUGAGAGGGGCCUCUGAGACUCUGGGGAAGAGUCUGGAAAGCAUUAGUGGCCAUUUCCCUCCCUGGAGGAAAGCAACUCCCAUGCAGCAUUCUCACCCCAUGGGCAGUUUAGUACAGAAGGGCAAGAAAGAUGACCGGUUCCCCUCAAGAACAAGCAGCUCUUGCCUUCUUUCCCCUUUCAUCCAUUUUAAAGGUCAACCCCAGAUCAACCCUUUCUAGGGCUGCCAGGUUGGCUCUGGGAUGUGGCCGAAGAAAACAAGCUCCAAGUAGCUAGAGUGGUUGGCAGAAAACAUCUCAAAAUGUGAAGUCAUCUCAAAAUGUGAAGUCAUGGCCGGCAUCCAUAGUUUUGUGGCAUCCCUUCCUUUGUUAAAAUCGCCUCUGCAGCUGAUGUCUGGCCAAACAGCUGCUCAGUGCUCUGCCUUCUCUCUUGGUGACAAAAUCUUCCCCUUGUCUUGGGCACCUGUUUGUUUUUCCUGACCGCAGUCGGCUGGGCCCUGCCUUUGCUCCCACUUGACCAGACAAGCACAGAUGAAUAAUUGCCAAGCGCCACUUAGUUCACGGGCGAAGAGGAAGCCUUGGCAGAUGCUUAUCUUCAGGUGCACUGGAAAAAAACUUUUGAACUGGGUCCCUUUCAUACAAAAUGAGCUUUUCGCUCUAGGCUUGAACUUAGUCUCACAUUAUCUUAGAAACGGUUCAUUUCCAGAAUUCUCCAAGUUUGCAGCCCCCCAGACCUAACAAGGUUUUGUCAGGGAAGGAUUGAAAGAAUGGACAGAAUCAUGUUGAGGAGUUACAUCUUCCUAAAUGGUCUUAUGUCUACAGGAAUUAGAAUUGCAAUACGGUCAGCUCUCCACUUCUGCAACUUUGACUUUUACAGAUUUGAUUAUUGGUGAAUUUGAUUAAUAUGUUUUCUCUCAGAAUCUCUAGGUCCUCCAGCACAAACCUGCUUGAAAUUGAUCAUAGAGUUGUGCUGGAGGACUUAGAGAUUA